CGAUGAUUGCUUUACUGGAAAAUUUGUCAGAAGAGCUAUCUCUGUUGAAGGUUGAUUUUUCAUACCUUGGAUCGAAAUAUUUCGACCCUGAAUCUAUCAGCUUUGGAGGGUUUAGAAGGCUUUGCUGCAGCUUUCAAGGCUCCACGGGUUUAAAUAUCUCUUUAAGAACAAAUCUUGUUAUGACUCGAAUCACUAUUCAGAGGAUGAGUUCUGUUCACUAAGCUAUUCAAUUCGAGAUAAUCAAAUUUUGUGAUUAAAAAUCUAUUUUUUAGAUCUUUCAAAAAGAUAUAACUGACAUUAAGAAAGAUCUCCAAGAGUUUUAUCAGUCCCAAAGUAGGUUGGCAGAGACAUUAAACCCGAUGUUAAUCCAUGAAGCAGUCUUACUGGCUAGCAAAUAGUGAGAAAGUGUAAAAAUUAGAUUUUAUCAAAU